AUGCCAAGGCUGCCCAGCAUGCCACCAAGGUUUGACCCUGCGGAGCUUCAGACAGAUCCAUUGACUCAGCACGAUCCAUGGGCCGGGGGACCGCGAGGAACCCCGCAGAGCUAUGGACCUCAGCGCAUUGUGAGAGGAACUGCUCAUGAUUUUGUUGGACAAGGGCAGGGAGUGACCAGAUCUGAAGGAAAGUCCAAAGCGAAGCCUGAAGGGAAGCCAGAAGAUGGAAAGAAAAAGAAGAAAGCCGAAGAGUCAUCAGGCGAGACUCGCGUGGGGCCAAGUGAGGACAAGAAGAAGAUUGGGUUGAAGCGACCUUUCAAGAGGUCAUUUGUGGCUGACUGCGAAGACCCAGACGGAGAAGGUGAAGAUGAUGAGGACCUGGAGGCGGAGGAAAUGUUGAAUGAAGUGCUCAUUGAAGACCAAGCCAAUGAAGACCCUGAAGAACUCCCACCGAUUGAGGAAGGCUUGGAUGAAGGCCUGGACGAAGAUGAUCCAGAAGAAAUGGAGGAGCAGAUCAUGGAGGCGUAUGCAGCGGGCUGGAAGGCCAAGACAAAGAUGAAUGAGAAGCGGAAGGGGCGAGGAUGGUCGCAAGGGAGCAACCGUUCAAGUCCCGGCAUUCCGCCGUCGGUGGCUCAGAAGAAGCAAGCUUCCCAUUGUGCCAGCUGCGGUCAAAAGGGGCAUUGGCGUGGAGACCCACAGUGUCCAAAUGUUGUGAGUGGCAAAGACAGGCCUCACCAGAAGAAGACCGUCACUUCCAAUCCUCCGUCAGGUGGAAACGCCAUCCACUUCACCUAUGCAGUGACCACUGUGAAGAAGAAGACAAGGACUGAAGAAGUGGCACGCCAGACCAGUGGUCCAGUCGGAUGUGCAUCUUGCCCGCAGUGCCGUUGGCCUUCGCCAAUGGCGGCACGAUUUUGUUCCCAGUGCGGAUACAAGUUCAGCCAUGAUGAACGAAUGCCAGAAGGGAAGCGAGGAUGGACAGUGGUGAGCCAUGAGGAUGAGGAGGACGAACAAGUCCCAAGCUCAGAGUCCAGUCGGCAUGAAGAGAAACCGAAGAUGUAUCACCUCCGAAAGGGGCUCCUGAAGGAGGCAGCAGGUUAUGAAGCCGUCAAGAAGACCAAAGAGAAGGUCAAGGCUAGUCCGCAAGAAGUUAUGGCCGCUCUUCCAAAGAUGACUAGAGAUGAGAAGAAGGAAAUCCAGAAGAUUUUGCAGAGAGAGGAGCGGGAGCAGGCCUAUGAGAGCCUGCGAAGGAGUCAUUUGCUGCCUGAGUAUGAGUCCAGUGAAGAUGAGCAUGAUCCAACGGCCUCAGCUUCAGGAGGCUACCAGACGCCCAUAGUGCCGAAGAUGGGGACACCGAAGAAGGAGCUGCAGCAUGGCAACUACAUGGAAGAAGUUAGAAAUAAGACCAUGCCGAAGGCAGUCAAGGACAAGAAGUUGGCCCAGUUCCGACUGGAACUGUACGAGAAGCAGAUGACCAGGCAGUGGCAUGAGAGUUUUCAGCAACAGCUGCGUUCCUUGGGUUUGACAUGGUUGGAAGAACCCGAAGAAGAAAGGUUUCAGUUUGGCUCCGGAGGACCAGAAGAAAGCACGAAAGCCUUCAUCUACCCAGUUCGACUGCAUGGCAAGCAUGAUCUGAUUCGAAUGUCUUGCGUUGGAGGUGGAGCUGCCAAUUGUCCAGGGCUGGUGGGUCCCUCAGAAAUGGCCCGUUGGGGCAUUGUGAUGGAUUUUGCGACCAAGAGGUUACAAAUCAAAGGAAGCUGGAAGCCAAUGAUCUUGAAUGAAACACGACAUCCAGCUAUCUGCUUGCUUGACUUUGGAGAAACAACUUCCUUUUGGGAUGCAACAGAAGUCCAAGACACCUGCAAGCUACUCCAGCGAGCGCCUCACUCCUGGGCAUUCAAGGCAGAAGACAUCAGCGAGGCAAGCAGUGAAGAGGAUGAUGAAGAACCUAGGUCGGAGGAAUCUGCAGAUGAAACAGAGGUAGAAGAACAGAAGGAUGAUGGAAGAUUGGUUCGAGCUUUGACGAGGUUGGAAGAAGACCUGAAGUACAUGCCUCUGCAAGAGCGCCAAGAAGACGAUGAUUCGCCAGAAGGCAGUGAAUGGGAGAUGAUUGAGGAACCCCAAAGUGAGCAAGAGUCAGAGACCUCUCAUGAGUUUGGUGUGAUGAUCAAUGACGAAGAAUCUGAAGAAGAAAGCGAAGAUGAAGACGCCAAACCAGUUUUUGUGGAGAAAGGGGUUGUCCGACAUUUGAGCAAGCAUCAAAGAAGCCAGAUGCGCCACAAUGUGCGUGAGCUCAAGGAGAUUCAAGGACUUAAGGAGAAGGACCGGAAACCAAAGAAAGCCUGUGAAAGUCUCCCAGCACGAUGGAGGAGUAAGAAGGGACCAUGGAGGGUCAUUGAACUGUUCACUUGGACUUGCAUGAUUUCCUUGUGUGCGGUCCAGACCGGUCGAUGGGAGAUGUGGGAACCCAUCAGUCUCCCCUCCUGGGACCUACAGCGAGAUGAUCACCAGGUCGAAGCGCACCAAUACCUUGCAAGGGCAGAUCCAGAUCUGCUGGUGAUCGCCUGGCCAUGUACUGAGUGGUCAAUGCUCAAUGAAUAUGGUCGCAAGGAUGCUGAAGCUUGGAGGCGAUUGGGAGUGAGAAGACAAAGAGCUCGAAAACUUUUGAAGUUUGUGCGAAAGGCGGCAAGAGACCAGAGAAGGAGGGGUGGCGCCCUACUGGGAGAAAAUCCUGCCACUUCUCGGGCAUGGCAGGAACCUGCAAUUGUUGAAGCCUUCGAAGGGAUGCCUGAAGUAGUCACAGACAUGUGUUGCUACGGUCUGAAGAAGCCGCACGAGCACACUCCAGAGGGUCAGCCUCUGUUUUUGAGGAAAAGGACUCGUUUGCGAGGAACCGAGGAGAUCCUCGACCGAUGUGAUGCCAAGUGCCAAGGAGGGCACCAACACACACCUGUGCUAGGAGGUGUGAAGAUUGAUGGACGAUGGAAGCCUCUCUCCGAUUUUGCCGGAGGAUACACCAAGAAAUUUGCAGAGAAGGUCAUCCAAGGAGCAGAAGAAUACCUACAAAGAGGUAGAAAGCAAGAAGUUUACGUGCAGGAAGAAGACAUUCCAGAAGAACGUUUUGAAGUACAAGAAGAUGAAAUGCUGGAAGAUCAAGAGCUUGAAGCACAAACGAAGGAAGAAGAGAUGAAGCUAAGGAAAAAUGACCAACUGCACAUGUUGCACCGGCGUCUUGGCCACCCUUCAAAUGAGGUCCUCUCAAGAAUGUUGAGAUUGGCAGGCGCAGACCAAGUGGUUGGUCGAUGA